CUGAAGCAGCCCUUGCUGAGAUUUCUCUUGUCGUUGAACUGGAUCUCCAUUUUAAAUUCCUUGAAAAGAUAGCUGAUCCCCUGAUCAAAGCUGCGUGUCUGAACCUGAUAUAUCCUUCUCCAGCCCCAGUUUGUUAAACACCAUGGGCGACGCCAUCGUCGAAACACCGGUCAAUGUUCUUGCUCCUCCGCUCAAAGCUACCCCAGCGGAAGCGAUUCCCGAUAUUGAGCCCCUGGAAGGCUGGGGAACAGACGACGCUGAUGAAUACACCACGCUAAAGAGAUUACAGCGACAUUUGGAGUACAUAAAUCUACAGGAGGAGUACAUCAAGGAUGAGCAAAGGAGUCUUAAGCGAGAGCUCGUCAGAGCGCAGGAGGAGAUCAAGAGAAUACAAAGCGUUCCUUUGGUGAUCGGACAGUUCAUGGAAGCCAUCGAUCAGAAUACCGGUAUCGUACAGUCUUCAACAGGGUCUAAUUAUGUCGUUCGAAUUCUCUCAACCCUCGACCGCGAGAAGCUAAAACCGUCGUCCUCCGUCGCCUUACACCGUCAUUCUAAUGCCCUUGUUGACAUCCUUCCGCCAGAAGCCGACUCCUCUAUUGCCAUGCUGGGCGCACAUGAGAAGCCGGAUGUUACGUACGCGGAUGUUGGAGGGUUGGAUAUGCAAAAGCAGGAAAUUAGAGAGGCCGUUGAACUGCCUUUAACGCAUUUCGAUUUGUACAAACAAAUCGGAAUCGACCCACCUCGAGGUGUGCUUCUCUAUGGUCCUCCUGGAACGGGCAAAACCAUGUUGGUAAAGGCUGUUGCGAAUAGCACAACUGCCAAUUUUAUCCGCGUCGUCGGAUCAGAGUUUGUGCAGAAAUAUCUUGGUGAAGGACCUCGUAUGGUUCGAGACGUUUUCCGCAUGGCGCGAGAGAACUCACCCGCUAUCAUUUUUAUUGACGAAAUUGACGCCAUCGCCACUAAACGUUUCGACGCCCAAACCGGAGCCGAUCGUGAAGUCCAGCGUAUUUUGCUUGAGCUUCUCAACCAGAUGGACGGCUUCGACCAGACCAGCAACGUCAAGGUGAUCAUGGCCACAAAUCGAGCAGACACCUUGGACCCUGCUUUACUUCGACCAGGUCGUUUAGACAGGAAAAUUGAGUUUCCUUCCCUCCGCGAUCGGCGCGAGCGUCGUCUAAUUUUCACCACGAUUGCUUCGAAGAUGUCGCUAUCGCCAGAAGUAGAUUUGGAUUCGCUGAUUGUCCGCAACGAUCCCUUAUCGGGCGCUGUGAUCGCCGCUAUCAUGCAAGAGGCUGGCUUGCGUGCUGUCCGGAAGAAUCGAUACAACAUCAUCCAAUCCGAUCUUGAGGACGCCUACUCAAGCCAGGUCAAGAGCGGACAGGAUGCAGACAAAUUUGAUUUCUAUCGCUGAGGACCUUGCAAAUACGCCUCAUUUUCAACUGUUCAACCGGGCUGGCUUGUUUUACGUUGCUGCGAAUCAGGAGAAUGAAGCUAGUUAGUCAUUUUUGCAUGUAACAACAGGGCUUAUCCGGGCUGUUUUCAAAUGGUAUCAAAAAGAGUCCGUAAUUUUUCAAGUAGUUAAAUGUCCACCUGUACUUCGUACGGAGCACAUUUCUUUG